AUGCGCUCCGCUCCGUCGACGGCCUCCCCGCGCGGCGGCUCGCUGCGCCGCUUCUUCUCUCGUCGGCGGCGUCGCGGCGCGUCCGCGCGUGCCGCUGCGCCGCUCGGAGCCGCCGCGCAGCAGUCACAAGCGCGUCGCACGCGGUUGCUGGACUCGUGGAGCCUCCCGGAGCUCUUCGCGCUGCGCGAGCUGGUGCACGUCGCCGUGAACAAGACGCCCAUCGCCCCUGACGUGCAGCAGGACCCGCCGCCGGUGGAGCGCUCCACGCGCGGCCACGAGGCGGCGCGCGCGGGCGCCAGCAGCUCCGCCAGCUCCAGCACGACGGCCACGUCCGCGACGCCGCCGUCACUCGCCAGCUUCGAGGAGUUCAAGCGGCAGCAGGCACAGCAGACGCGCGUGGACGCAGCGCUGGAGCGCGGCAAGCGCUUCUACUUCAGCCGGCGCGCGGACUCGAGGCUGAAGCUGAGCAGCCGACGGCACUUCGUGCGGCUCUUCCCGCUGCUGGAGCGCGCGUCCAGGGCGGCGCAGCGCACGCUGUUCCGCGCCUUCGACUGCGACGACUCGGGCAAGAUCGAGUUCGACGAGCUGUGCGAGAUGCUGGCCAGGGUGCGCCAGGCCAGGGGCUCGUCCGUGCGCGAGAUGGCGGAGCUCGCCUUCUCCUGGUUCCAAGGAGACCGCAGCGACGGCGUGCUCACUCACGCGGACGUGAAGCUGCUGGCCGUGACCGUCACGGAACUUGGUGGAGAGAGCAAGCUGCAGACAGAGCACGGCUACGACCUGGUGGCGUCGCUGACCAAGCUGGUGCUCGGACACGGACAACACCAAGUGAACAAACAGACUUUCUGCAAAGAGAUGGACUGCGCGCUGGGCGCGCAUGUGCUGCACGUGCUGUUGGCGCCUUUCGGCGUGGUGAAGGCGCUGCUGGACGAGGAGACGGUACUGCAGGAGGUGGAGAGUACGCAGUGGAAAUCUGGAGACACGGCGUACGUGGUGUCGAGUAGCUGGUGGACGCAGUGGAGGAAGUACGUGCAGCCUGAUCAAUGCAAGCGCAAUUCGCAGCAACCGAACCAGGUGAACGGGAGUCAACAGGAGCAACACGCUGGCGAGCAGCAGCCUCAGGAGCGGAAUGCACCACAGCAGCAGCACGUUGCGGAGUGCCAUCCUCGACCUGGACCUAUCGACAACAGCGACAUAACUGCAAACGAGCAGUUGGGGACUUUGAGACCGGGAAUUGCGGAAGGCAGGGACUAUGUGCUAGUGUCAGUUAGCGUCUGGAAACGACUUGUGCAGGCCUAUGGCUGCGGACCUGAGUAUCCGCGACAAAUUAUCGAGGUGUUGGAUGAACAGCAGCAGGAGAUGCCGACCAGAGAGGAUGAGAAAAUUUCCGAGUCGACAGGGGUCACAUUGGUGCUGAAGUCAAGCGACGGUCAACGGCAGCAACGGAUUCGAGUGGAGUUGUAUCCCGUGGCCUUGCAGGUUCGGUUAGCACGACACGACUCAAGACACGUGUAUCUGGUGUACGCUCGACGAUUCCUCCUGCCUCGUGACUCAACUUUGAAGGAGAUCGUGUGUCGAAUGGGAGUGUUUCCUGGUGUGAAUGCGAGGGAGGUGACGCUUUGGCUGCGCAGACAUCGUCUCCAGUCAUGGGUACGGCUUGAAUGCAGUUUGGAAGCCCCGCACGCUACGCUGAGAGGACUGCAGAUCACAAGUGCACAGGAGCUGCUUGUGGAUUUCAGAGCGCUGGAGAUUGACGAUGAUCCUCAGAGUAUCGCACAACAACGGCGGCGAAGUAGUUUGGCGAACAUGCGUGCCCCUUUCAAUGUGGCAAUGCUUCAACCUGUGGGGAAUGACUUUGUCUGCUGUCCAAGUUUGAGUCUCGCUAAGUUUGCCAGAACUGGUGACUGGAAGGUUCUGCGUGAGAGUAUGGCUGCUGAACAGGAAGCUGCUGCCAGUGCCUCCUUAGUCUCGGCGCAUGUGGGUCCGGGCGGUGUACUCGUUGGUCUCACCAAGCACAUGGAAGUUUCGACGCAAAAAUCUCGCGGGAGGCUGGUUGCUCACGUUGGGUUGCGUGCCACCGGACUGAUCAACAUGGGGAACACAUGCUUCAUGAACAGUGCACUGCAAUGCUUCGUCCACUCACCAGUUUUCCGGGAGUACUUCUUGUCCAACAGAUUUGAGGCAGAAGUCAACAAGAGGAAUCAUCUUGGAAGUCGUGGUGCAGUUGCCGCAGCGUAUGCACAGCUGCAAAGCUCCCUUUGGCGCGAACGCGACCAGGGCCAUCUGCUUCCUGGAAGGUUUCGAGACGAGUUUACCCGUGUUCGUCGGCACUUUGAGGAGACGCGUCAAUAUGACGCGCAUGAAUUCAUGGUUGCGCUUCUCGAUUGUCUUCAUGAAGACCUGAAUCAAGGAUGUCGCAUGAUUGCAGCAUCAGCGGACGCUGCAAUUCAAGACAGAAGCUCGAAAUGUCUGGGAUUCGGAAGUUUUAUUGGCAACGAUGAUCUCGAGCAUGAGGAGGAAGACCUUCAUACUCAUCACGGCCCUGCCGAAACUUCUUCAGAUGAAGCUCAGGGAGACGCAGCUUGGCGUGAGUAUACUGGCGUGAACUCCUCGGUAGUGGUGGACUUGUUUCAUGGACAGAUGCGAACUGAGACCGUAUGCGGCACGUGUGGCGAGCGAAAGUGCACGUUUGACCCAAACCUGUUCUUCAGUCUACCCAUUCCAGAGUCAAACUUUGUUCGCGUGGAAGUGAGCGUGUUACUGCAAGCGCGAAAGCUGCCGAACAACGACGAAAUUGAGGACGAUGCCGAUACCGCCGUCCAAGCUGUGCAACGUGGAUUUUGGCUGCGGCGUGGAAGCAAUGUCGGUGCUUUUUGUGAUCGCAUUGCUGCAGUACACGGUCGCGCUAGCGGAAAUCGCUUCUUGCUUGUGGAGAUACGUCGAAAUCGUAUCAAGCGAAUUGUUGAGGGAGACGAAGUGGUGGACAAACUGGCAAUCGCGGCCGCUGGUUCUCUUGCUGCUUAUGAGCGUGCGUGGACGCUGUCAGAGAUUCCUAUCGUUCCAGCAGCUCUAUCUGAGCUUUUUCGUGCUCACGGUAUUGACAGCACUGACAGUGGGAAGAGCGUCAUUGUCCCCGAGGGGGUUAGGAACUUUUCCGAUCUACGGGUGGGGUCGCGUGUCGAUGCCAGGGAUAACCACAAUGAUUGGCAUCCUGGUACGGUGAUCGAACUCGGCGGCGAUGAACCUGAACGAGAGGAUGCUCACCACAAGGUGGUUGAUAAACAUUCCCACCAGCGUGUUCGCGUCCACUUCGAUGCAUUCAGCAGCAAAUGGGACAAGUGGUUUACCGGACGUGACUGGAAGUCAAAACGUUUGCAGCCGCUGCAUACCCGCACAUCCAAGGCGACGGAGGUGUUUGAGGUGCAAGUUGUGCAUCGAUUUUGUUCCCAGCCUUCAUCGUCUACAUCAGAAGCCGGGCAAACAAGCGGUGAUGAUCACUCGUUCACGGGUGAUCUCCCGAGUUCGCAGAAGUUCAGCAACUCUGGGACGCUGGAACGGUUAUCCUUGAACGUCUUUGGCCUACCGCUGUUUGUGACUAUUGCAUCUGACAAGACAGCGCAAGAUAUGCACCAGGCACUUCUACUACAGACAGCUCGCUUCUGGCGGGGUUUCAACGGCGACGAGACUUCUGUUGGCAAUAACCAGCACGAAGACUCGGAUCAUUUGACGCUACCAUACGAGGUCCGAGUGGUGAAUUUGGAAGAUUUGACGACUGAGCGCGGCGAGCUGUUGCCUUUUGACUCAAGUGCACUGCUGCAGCACUUCUCCACGCGUAGUGUUCUAGCCCUUGACUGGUUCGACAAUCGCGAAUAUUCAAGUCUUGAAAUGCGAGCACCGGAUGACGUACCAGUUGAAGUGGUGGAGGCUGCCAAGACUGAUCAAGAUCUUCGUGCUGACCUCGACGCAGCAGCGACAGCUCUCGAGCAGAAGGCAACGGACUCGGAGGAAAAACAACCGCCGAUGGAUGAUGACGAUAGUCCACCGAUGUACGCGGUCCCAUUGACUAAGUGUAUGGACGCGUUGAUGCGCGAGGAAGCCAUCUCGUUAGAGGAUCACUGGGUAUGCGAGCGGUGUGGAGUGCCGCGCGAAGGUUCGCGGUUCUCGGCGAUUUGGCGUCUGCCUGACCUGGUAAUGGUGCAGCUCAAGCGUUUCCAGUACCUUGAGAACCAGCACAAGCAGAAGGUGCGAGCACUCGUCGACUUUCCCCUCAAAGGCCUGGACUUCUCUAAGUGGAUGGGCCACCAAGACGCUACCGGUUCAGCAGUGUAUGAUCUUUAUGCCGUCGCCAACCACGUUGGCGGCCUUACGCGUGGUCACUACACAGCUUACUGCCGAUAUGAUGCAGAUUUCCCAGAGAGCUCGGCGCUGUUCAAAGCGAACGAAGAGAACGGUGACGUCCAGUGCUCCGAUCUGUGGUUCCGCUUCGACGACGAGAAGGUCUCGGAAAUCGCCCCGGGCGAUGUCGUCACGGAUGCUGCCUAUGUGCUCUUUUAUAAGCGUCGCACGCUGUCACCCCACAAUGUACUUCGAUAUGCACUUUAG